AUGGGUGAGCGAGCCCACCACGGAGCCCAAGUGUGUUCUGGCACCAACCCCAGAAAAUGCCAGGACUUAGGAGACUCAAUUCUUCUGAUUCUCGGCAGCUUCAUCUUGCUCAACGUGGGGAUCAAUGUGGUGACUCUGCUCUGGAAGCAUCUGAAGAGCUCCUUGCGGAUUCUUUUCCAUCAUUUUUUUCCCAAAGAUCCCAAGACCCUGUGCUCGAGAAUCUCCUCCCGCUUUCACCGGCGCCCGAGCUUCCUGCUGGGGCACAACGAACACCCUGACUCCUGGACGCCAGACACGAAUGAGGAGAAGGUUUCCAGGUUCUGGAUGCCGCCUCCCUGUGGACAUGCUGGGGCUCCAGAGGUUCCAUGGGCACAGUGGAAGGAGGGGAUGACGGGAGCUGGGGAGGCCCCCCAGGCCUCAGCCUUGAAGGCCCAAGCCUCCUCGCUCUCCAGGCCAGUAUCAUCUUCCCUGUUCCUGAAGAUGAGCAAAGUGGACAUGGUUCCGCUCCGCUUGCCUCAAGAGAGCAAGACGAAGGCCCAUGCGCCAACCCAGUCCCAUUCCCAUUUCACAACGAACACCCCCAGCCAUACUCAGACUCACUCUCUAGCCCACAUUCCUGAGCAAACCCACUCCCAGACCCAGGGCCUUGAGCACACUGCGGCCUCCACCCCUGCCGAAGCCCCACCCCUGCCCCCGACCCCUCCGCCACCCCCCGACCCAGGCCACAACACUGCAGCCCCUAUCCCAGCCCAGGCCCCAGCCUCGGACCAGAGUCCUAAUCGUAGCCACUCCCAGGCCCACAGCCCCGCGCACACCUCAGUCCAGUCCUCCUUCAGGGCCCCUGCAAAAACCUUGGCUCACUCUCAGGGCCACAACCCAGCCCACACCUCAGCCCAGGCGUGGACUGACUCCCAGGCUCCUGGCCCUGAGCACACAUCAGCCCAGGCCCCAGAAGGCACCACAGCCCAUUCUCAACAAGUCCACACUUACAGCCACACCCCACUCGCUGCCCCAGCCUCGGCUUCAGCCCUUCCCCCAAAGCUUGCCCCAGCCACGAUGCCCAUCCCCACUCCUCCACAACCAGUCCCCGUCCCCAUCUGUGGCCCAGCCUCUGCUCCGUCACUGGUCGUGGCCCUGACUACCACUUCAGUGCCUCCUCCUAUCCCUGCCACCGCCCACACUCCUGUUCUGAGUCCUGUUCCCUCUGCCCUGCCUGCCUUCAACCACGGCCUCUCGACUGGCCACGUGGUCUAUGAUGCCCGCAGAGUGAAGCAGAACAUCUUCCAUAUGUGCACCCCCCAGAACUCUGGGUGUCCCAGAAAGGACUUGAGUAUCUUCUCCAGGUCCCAAGAUGGGCAGGGCCUGGUGAGUCCGGGGGUAUCCGAGCAAACAUUAAAGCCACGCAGUGGGGAUUGUGCCAAGCCUCCUUCAGCACCCAUCCUGGGCUACCUGGAGUUGGGGAAUAUGGAAUGGAAGGUCUCAGACGAUGCCAAAGACAAGUUCUCCCAGCCCAAGAAAUUCUCUUACUGCAGCUUCCAACCUUGCAAUUCGGAGAGGAAGAGCUCCCAGGCUCCAGUCUACCCCAAGUUCCUGGUCUACUCUCAGGAUGCUGCAUCCUCUAAACCUUGCUUCCACUCUCCAACUGCUACACAGAACUCACUGUCUGCCCUUCCUCCGCCCUGCACGCUCUCCUUGCCGCUCGUUCCUCCCAGAACCUACGUGGUCGCAACCAACCAUCAGAAGCCCUCCACCUUAAUUCAAACCCACACCCUUUUCUCGGCCUCCAAGCUGCCUCAGUCUAUCCCACCUUGCCAAUUCCCCAUCCCUCCUCUGUUCUCCACCACUUCCCAACCCCUCGUCCAACCCCAACAACCCGAGCUUCAUGAGAGUCUCGGCCUCAUCCAAGACUCUGGCCUCCAAAUGACCUCAAGCCCUUCCCAAGACACGAGACUGCCUAAGAAUCCAGGAGCUGUCCAAUAUCCUGGCCCCCAGAACAACGCAGGUCCUACUCAAGAUGCCGGUGUCUUUAGGAACCCGUGUCUCACCCAGCCCUCUGGCCUCCAUAAGAAUCAACCAUUUACCCAAACUUCUGAGCUUCAGAGUGCAGGCUUUGUGCAAGACGCCAGCCUCUAUAGGAAUCAUGAACUAAACCGAGACGUGAUAGUCUGCAAAAGUCAAGAUCUCUCCCAAGCAACUGACCUCCAGAAGAUCCCAGACACUUCUCAAGUUUCUGGAGGUUAUCAGAAUACAGGCAACGUCCAAAAUCCAGAAGUCUACAGGAGCUUGGGCCUCACUCAAGAGUCUGGACCACAGAAGAGUCCAUAUCUUGCCCAAGACCCUGAAGUCAACCACUCCUCGGGCCUUCCCCAGGAAUCUAGUCUCAAGAGUCCAGGCCUCGUCCAAACCUCUGGCCUCCAGAAGGGCCCAGACUCGGGAGACUAUAAGAAUCCAGGUGUUACCCAAGAUCCUGGAGUCCGAAGGGACCCAGGCCUUUCGGAAGACUCAGGACUCCGUAAGAAUCCGGGUCUUACACAAGUCACUGAAGUUGACAGAAGAUUUAACCUUGCCCAAGAUGCCGGAAUUUACAGGAGCCCAGAACACAGCCAAGACCCUAACCUCCACAAGUACCCAGGAAUUAAUCAAGAGCCUGGCCCCCAGAAGGCCCCAGCCCUUACCCAAGACCCUGUAAUCUCCCAGAUUCCAGACUUUACCCAAAAUGCUGGCCUCCACAACGAUUUGAGCCUUAACUCAGAUCCUUGCCUCCACAAGAACCCAAGAGUUGCUCUAGGUACCGAGUCCGUCCAAGUCUUGGAUGCACAUCAGACCCCAAAGCCAACACUCCCAACGAGGAAGUCACUGAGACCUGAGAAGGCUCCCCAGGAGAAUGCAGAGCAACACAUAUCCUGGACUUCUGUUCCCAUCAACCAAACCCCUUGUCCUUCCAAAGCCCAGCUGGUCUCUACUGACAUGCAAACCUUCUCAGAAGUGCCCGUACUAAUUGAACUUCAGCCAUCCUCCCGGCGGGUAGGCAGCCAAGACUGGGUAUACCGCCCUGUGGACACAGUUCCUUCAGCCUGCCAGAACUACCGCCAGAUGUCUAUGCCUCCCAAAAUCAACUGGAAGUCCCACUGCCCGGGACCAGGUCCCCGGGCAGGGCAUGUGGUCUUUGAUGCCCGCCAGAGACAGUUAGCAGUGGGCAGGGACAAGUGUGAAGCUCUGUCUCCCAGGCGCCUUCGCCAAGAGGCACCCAGCAACUCAGGGGAGACCAUCAGGGAGUGGGGAUAUCAGAAUGUGAUGAGGACCUUAGACAAAGAGGGGUUCAAAGUGCAUCAAGAAUAA